AUGCUGAACGUGCUGAAUCACAAAUUCGAUACUCUGCCCUCACAGCAACCCCAUGGGUUCUUCGAAAUUUCAGCAACGAGUCGCCCUUCACCGCUACUUUUGUCCCGAACCCAGAUUCAUCUCCCAGUUAUUUGUGCAAAGAAGGCCAAGAGGGGAUCUGGGCAUCAGAAGGUAGCCGAGAUUUUGCCCAAAUUGGCCUUCUCCAUGGCUUCCAACCUCAACUUGCUGCCCGAACCGCUGAGUCUGAUUCUGGCGGAACUCAGCACUUCUGGGUGUGGAGGUGGAGGUGGGUCCAGGUCUUGGAAGGGUUUUGGCGGCGGCAGCGGAGGAGGAUGGGGUAGAAGAAAGAGAGGGAAGGGGAACUUUGUGAUUCUGUUAGGCUUGUUUCUAGCUUCCGGAGUUGCCAUUUUGUUGUUUUCCUCUGGCAAAGCAGAUAAAGAUUUGAUCAUUGGAGUUCUGGCUUCGGCCUUAAUUUCAGCAGUUUUGCUUGAAGGGUUUGGUAGAGGCGCUAGGGAUUGUCUUCUAGGGUUCUGCAUUUUUGGCGUUGGAGUUACUUUGGGCUCGAGAAGAGACGAUUUGCAGAAACUGGCGCAGAAGCAGGGGUUCACUUUCCCUUCAGUUUUGCACCUUGCUAAGGGAAGAGGAAUAAUAAGAAGAAGACGCACUUCAAAACUUUGGUAA